AUGAGUAUAAAAGUUAUUCCAUAUAGUGUUGCAAGUCGACUAGAGGAAGAUUCAUCCUCUUGUCUUGAAGAGGUGGAAGAACAACAAAAAUACAACAAGCGAGGUGAAGAAAAUGCUACAAAUGAAUCGAUUGGCGAAGACUAUAAUAGUGAUGAUCUUGAUAGUGAAAUUAUCGAAAGUCAGCAAAUUAGUAGGCGUCUUCGUAUCGGUGUAGGUUUUCGAGGUAGAAGUAGUAGAUGUAAUGCUUGUGCACGAUAUUGUGUAAGAAGAUAUAGAUCUUGUAAUCGAAUCAUUAUUUGUAUUAGUAGGCUUUGCGGAAGAGGUGAAAUAUAA